GGAACUAGUGUAGAUUUACAUAACAUGUGACUCAUGCACGCUACUCAAUUGAGAACUGUCAAAUCAAAAAUAAAUCGCAAAUAGAAUUAGAGAAUAAACAAAGUACCUUAAAGGUUAUAAGUGUUUUUUUAUAAAGUGGAAAUGUAAUUUGUAAGCUGGAAAAACCAUUCUUUCAUUUUAAACGGUAGUAUGGCUGAAUCAGCGAAACCGGGGGUACAGCCCCUUGUUAAAAUCGGUCACUAUAUUUUGGGAGCAACUUUGGGUGUUGGUACCUUCGGUAAAGUAAAAAUUGGUGAACACCAGCUUACUGGUCACAAAGUAGCUGUGAAGAUUUUAAAUCGUCAAAAAAUUAAGAGUUUAGACGUUGUUGGUAAGAUUCGAAGAGAAAUUCAGAAUCUAAAAUUGUUUAGACAUCCCCAUAUUAUCAAGUUAUACCAAGUUAUAAGUACACCUACUGAUAUUUUUAUGAUUAUGGAGUAUGUUUCGGGAGGAGAACUUUUUGAUUAUAUAGUCAAACAUGGAAAACUACAAGAGCAUGAAGCAAGAAGAUUUUUCCAACAGAUAAUUUCAGGAGUGGAUUACUGUCACAGACAUAUGAUUGUACAUAGAGACUUGAAACCAGAGAAUCUAUUACUUGAUCAUAAUAUGCAUGUAAAGAUAGCCGAUUUUGGAUUGUCCAACAUGAUGAUGGACGGAGAAUUUUUAAGAACUAGCUGUGGAUCACCCAAUUAUGCUGCACCAGAGGUUAUUUCCGGUAAGUUAUAUGCUGGUCCUGAAGUAGAUGUAUGGUCUUGUGGAGUAAUACUUUAUGCCCUCCUUUGUGGAACACUACCAUUUGAUGACGAACAUGUUCCUACGUUAUUUAGAAAAAUUAAAUCAGGGAUUUUUCCAAUACCUGAUUAUUUGAAUAAAUCAGUGGUUAACCUACUGUGUCAGAUGUUGCAAGUCGAUCCAAUGAAAAGAGCUUCAAUUGAAGAUACCAAAAAGCACGAAUGGUUCCAAAAGGAUUGUCCAGCCUAUCUGUUUCCAUCACCCGUAGAGCAGGAUGCUUCCGUUAUUGAUACUGAUGCUGUGAGAGAGGUUUGUGACAAGUUCGGUGUUCAGGAAGAGGAAGUUCACGGUGCUUUACUCAGUGGUGAUCCACAUGAUCAACUAGCAAUAGCUUAUCACCUUAUUAUUGACAAUAAACGUAUUGCUGACGAAGCGGCUAAAGCAGAAUUAAAAGAUUUUUAUGUAGCUGGUAGUCCUCCAUCAACUAGCCCAAGCCCCAGUCCACACGAUACUAUUAAUAGCCCAAUGAAACCACAUCCUGAAAGGAUUGCACCGCAAAGACCUUGGCCUCCAACUACAACCCCAGCUGAUAGAGGGAAAGUUAAAAGGGCGAAAUGGCAUUUGGGAAUCCGAUCACAGAGUAAACCGAACGACAUUAUGAUGGAAGUAUACAGAGCCAUGAAGGCAUUGGAUUAUGAAUGGAAGGUCAUUAAUCCUUAUCAUAUUCGUGUUAGACGUAAAAAUAAAAUGCAGAACAGACACGCUAUGAUGUCGUUACAAUUGUAUCAAGUUGAUUAUAAGAGUUACCUUUUGGAUUUCAAGAGUUUAAGCACGGAAGAAGCAGAAUCGAAUGUAAGCAACGUCUUAUUGGACGCCAUUGCUACUCCCAUUCAAAACGUUCCUAUAUCAAACAACAAACCAACUGGUCAUCAUACCAUGGAAUUUUUUGAAAUGUGUGCUGCUCUUAUUAUUCAACUUGCUAGAUAAAAGUAUAAAUUUAAAUGAGACCAUGAAUUAAUAAUUUGUUAGAAUAUUCAUAAAUAUAUGGCUGUUGUUUAAAAAAACACAA